AUGACAUCAGUUAUAGGUUUUGGGGGACCUUACUUUUUUGGGUUGAGUUCCGAGAGUAAGCCUCGGUUUAGAGUGCAAGGUAGAAGUUUAAGUAAUCAGGAUGCAUCAGUUUUGUCUUCAGACUCAAUUGUAGUGAAUGGAGCUUCUGUAGUUGGGGAGAGGGAGGGAAGUAGGCCUUGGGUUGAUCAUGGGAAUGGCAGUUUGAGGCAUAAGGUUAAGGACAAACAGAACAUAGAAGAUGGUGUACUUGAAAGUUUGGAACCUUUGUGGGAUGACGGGUACGGGACUGUGACUGUAAAGGAUUAUUUCGAUGCAAGUGAGGAGAUGAUUAAGCCUGAUGGUGGUCCUCCCCGAUGGUUUAGCCCCCUUGCUCGCAACCCUCCAUUGAAGGAUUCUCCAGUUCUUUUGUUUUUGCCUGGGUUGGAUGACUCCACCCCUGUAAUAGUUGGCCUUGCUAGAGAAACAUGGCACUUCAAGAGAUCAGGUUUGGUGAAACUGGUGGAAGACACUAUUAGGCUUGAGCAUGCUUCAUCUCCCAACAAGCCAAUUUAUUUGGUUGGAGAUUCUUUUGGAGGAUGCUUAUCACUUGCUGUUGCUGCACGCAAUCCUACCAUUGAUCUAGUACUGAUACUAGUCAACCCAGCAACAUCCAUGGAGAGGUCUCAAUUACUACCUCUUUUCCCAAUCUUGGAGGCUUUGCCUGAUGAAUUACAUAUCGGAGUUCCCUAUCUUCUCAGUUUUGUUAUGG